UACUUUGGAACAUCCUAACAUGGUGUGGAAAGUGAAGACAAAUCAAAUGCCUAAUGCUGUUCAGAAACUCCUUCUGGUAGUGGACAAGAGAACUUCAGGGAUGAAUGAGUCACUGGAGUUGCUGAAGUGUAAUGAAAACCUGCCCUCUUCUCCUGGAUAUGCAUCCUGUGAUGAACACAUGGAACUUGAUGAUCUUCCUGAACUUCAGGCUGUGCAGACAGAUUCUACCCCACCUGCACUUUUUCAGCUUGGUGCUGAUGUUUCACAUCAGGAAUGUUCAAGGCCUUCGUGGAACCAAAAUACCUCAAACAGCAAUUCAGAAAGUGCUUAUUCUUGUGAGAAUGGGGUGAACUGGUUGACAGAAUUAGCAAAUAUAGCCACAAGUCCUCAGAGUCCUUUGAUGCAGUGCUCUUUUUAUAACAGAUCAUCUCCUGUUCACAUAAUAGCUACAAGUAAAAGUUUACAUUCCUAUGCACGUCCUCCACCAGGAUCUUCAAAGAACGACCCCAACUUCUCCAAGAAUGAUGUGGAUGAAACACCAGUCAGACAUGAAAGAGCGAAUAGUGAAUCAGAAUCUGGCAUUUUCUGCAUGUCAUCACUUUCAGAUGAUGAUGAUUUAGGAUGGUGCCAUUCCUGGCCCUCAACUGUUUGGCAUUGUUUUCUAAAAGGCUCUCGUUUGUGCUUUCAUAAAGGACGCAAUAAAGAAUGGCAGGAUGUUGAGGAUUUUGCAAGAUCUGAAAGCUGUGGAAAAGAGGAAAAUCUCCCAGCGAGUCCCUACAAGGGCUAUGGUUCUGAUGGUCUGAAGUUGAUUUCUCAUGAAGAAAGCAUUUCCUUUGGUGAGUCAGUGCUGAAGCUGACUUUUGAUCCUGGCACAGUGGAAGAUGGCUUGCUUACAGUAGAAUGCAGACUCGAUCACCCUUUUUAUGUUAAAAAUAAAGGUUGGUCAUCUUUUUAUCCAAGCUUGACUGUGGUACAGCAUGGCAUUCCAUGCUGUGAAAUGCAUCUUGGAGAUCUGUGUCUACCUCCUGGACACCCUGAUGCCAUUAACUUUGAUGAUUCAGGUGUUUUUGAUACAUUUAAAAGCUAUGAUUUUACCCCAAUGGAUUCCUCUGCAGUUUAUGUGCUAAGCAGCAUGGCUCGCCAGCGUCGCGCUUCUCUGUCCUGUGGAGGAUCAAACAGUCAGGAUGCCGAGAGAUCAGAGUGCAGUAGUAAAAACUGCGCGUCUCCUGCGUCGUCACAUCUUUCCUCCAGUUCUUUGUGCAGCAAAGCUGGCAAAAGCCACAGCUCAGGGACUGCAAGUACUGUGAGUGCCACUUCUCCAAACAAGUGCAAAAGACCAAUGAAUGCCUUCAUGCUUUUUGCCAAAAAAUACAGAGUUGAAUACACUCAGAUGUAUCCAGGGAAAGACAACAGAGCCAUAAGUGUGAUACUUGGUGACAGGUGGAAGAAAAUGAAAAACGAAGAAAGACGGAUGUACACGCUAGAAGCCAAGGCCUUGGCAGAAGAACAGAAACGUCUAAAUCCUGACUGUUGGAAACGAAAACGAACUAAUUCUGGCUCACAACAGCAUUAAGCCAGAAUUUUCCUGUUAACUCUGUAUUUACAAAAUGGCUGUUGCUUGAUGGCAAGAAGAUGCACGAUCAAGGUCUUACUAUUUGUUGUGACUUUGUGUGACCAUAAAAUACUGGCACCAUCAAGUUGGAAAUGAUCUAAUAUGAGUGCAGAUUUGCUUUUUACAAUAGAACAUUAAGUAAGCUAAAACUAUCAACAUUUUAAACCAAAUUGCCUUAUUUUUCUUCCAAACUUCAUAUAUGUAUCAGGUAAUAUAGGCUUGAAAAUGGAUAUCCUGUGGUGCUAAAGUACUUUAGAAAGAGGCGGAGACGUGUAUAAAUGUUUAUUUUUAAAAGAAAAUGUACAAAAGGGGGAAUUUUAAAAUACGUAACAGCUGUUUAUAUACAUUGAUUCUUAUUGCUGAUUAAUAUGUAUUGCACAACCAUAUUAUUAAUUACGAGUCUGGGGCCUGGGCUUUUCUGAGAUGGCAAG